AAAUCAGAUAUAUAUUUUUUAGUCAGCAAAAUCUUACACUUGGAGAAGUUUUUUCUUAAUUGAUCUGACUUUUUCAUGAAGGAAAAGUGUCAUAUUCUUCUAUAUCAUUGACUUUGAUAUUGUGGGGAAACCAAACAUGUGCAGAAGAUUCAGAAAAAACUUGGGUAUGAAUGAAAGGGUCAAAACAUUUUUACUCUUAAAGCAUUCUUUAAAAUAUUCAUGCAGAUGCAAUUGCCAGCUUUAAGUAAGCUGUUACAAAGUCAUGUUAUUCUCCUCUUUCUGUCUUUGAGAGUUGGCAAAACAAAAACUUAAAUCUGAAGAGCUCGCUCAGAAGCUGUAAAAACUCAGAAAUUAUGGCUUCAAAGCUUGUCAUAUUUGUGGUUUUGAUCCUUAAUGUCAUUGCUUUCGGGCUUGCUGUCAACGCUGAACGAAGACGGAACACUGCCCACGUAAUAGCAGAUCCAGAGUUGCACUACAAGUACUGUCGGUAUGAUUCAGACAAUGUUGCAACAAGAUAUGGGCUAGGUGCAUUUUUCUGUCUUUUGGUUAGCCAAAUAAUUAUCAUGGCUGCCAGCCGAUGCUUAUGCUGUGGGAAGGGUCUGAACCCUGGAGGAUCAAGGGCUUGCGCCAUCACUCUUUUCAUCUUCUGCUGGCUGACUUUUAUUGUAGCGGAGGUAUGCUUGUUGGCGGCUUCUGCAAGGAAUGCGUAUCACACAAAAUAUAGGACUUUCUAUGGAGAUCGCGCACCAUCUUGUGAGACGCUAAGGAAAGGAGUCUUUGCAACUGGAGCUGCAUUUACCUUCUUCACCACCAUUUUCUCUGAAUUCUAUUACGUUUCCUACUCUAAGGCAAGGGGCUGACCCUGAGCCUGGAUUACGUAGAUAAACAAAGCGCGUUAUAAUGGUAGGGAGAAUCUAUUGUACAACAUCACCUUUUGUGGUUAUUAUUGAUGUGAUAUUGUGACUACUUUUCGGACUUCACUAGAAUAUUGGUUUUAGGAAGAUGUUUAUGUCAUUGUUUUUGGUACAUAAU